UGUAUCCUUUCUAAAGCGAGGCUAGUGAAAUUUUGGUGAUGGCUGGAAAGGAGGAAGCGCACAAAACAAGCCUCUGUGGGCCAGUGCUGGAUCAUAUCUAUGGGACGAUCUAUGGAAAUUGCAUUGGAGAUGCCAUUGGUUUACUAACAGAAUUCAUGUGCCGGAGAAUGGCUAAACAGAACUAUGGAAAGGCAAAAGUUUUAGAGUACAACCUGAAAGUGCCAGAUAUGCAUAGAAGCCGCUGGGAAGAAGGAGAUUGGACUGAUGACUCUGACCAGAUGAUACUGAUAAUGCAGUCUCUGAUUGAACACAAUGGAGUGGUAAAAGAAUGUGACUUUGCUUCCAAGAUGAUAUUUUGGAUGAAAAACGGGUUUCCAGAGCUUGGGGAUCAUGGUGGCAUGGGUAUAGGGGCCACAACACAUGCUGUCUUGUCUAACAGAGAUUUCUUGACAGAUCCCCAUAAAGCUGCACACCAUGCAUGGGAAAAGUUUAACCGCAGGGCUGCUCCUAAUGGUGGAGUAAUGAGGACAUCAAUACUGGGGAUUUAUCAGUUUGAUAACAUGGAAAAAGUUAUUGAAAAUACCUUGAAAAUUUGCAAAGUGACUCAUGCAGAUCCCAGGUGUUUAGCAUCAUGUGUGGCUGUAACCACUGCAAUAGCCAUGAUGCUACAGAGACAAGAAAAACACUUUGAUGCAAAGAAAGGAAAAUUUAAAAUUGACACAAUAAUUCAAGACUCUUAUACUUAUGCUAAAGAACAACUCCCACCAUUGAGUGAAGAUGAGAGCGUUCAACAAGCUCACACAGAACUGAAGGAGCACAUGUUUGCUAAAGACUUGAAAAGCCUUGUAUUAGAUGAGCCAGAUAAGAUAGGAUACACCUAUAAAUGUCUAGGAGCUGGCUUCUGGGCACUUCAGCAAAAGGACUUUAGAAAGGCUCUCUCAAGUCUGGUGAUGGAGGGUGGAGAUGCAGACACCAAUGGGGCAGUAGCAGGAGCACUCCUGGGGUGCAAACUAGGGGCAAAGGAGCUGCCAGAAUCCUGGAGAGACAAACUGAAACAUAAGGAAUGGCUUGAUAAUAUUAUAAAGAAGUUUCUAGAACUAAUGGAACAGAGACAUGAUCCUGCACUCAAAGAAACUAAAGAUUCUUCAGAACCUACACAGUCUGUUUAGUACCUACAGUACAUGUGCUGUCUGGACCUAAGUUGUCAGAGGAGACCAUGUUAAUGUCCAAUUUUGUCAGACUACCUAUAGUUUAUGUCUGUUUCAAUAUCAUCUUCACUUGUGCAAUCCUGUUACCUGAUGGGUUUAUGAAUGGGGAAAUAUGAAAUCAAAUUAAGUCUUUCCCAUUUUAAAGUUGUAUGGCUCAUAUUAAUUUGUUUAUUUCAUUUUCAUUAAUAUCAUUAUUUAUUUAUUGAUACAAAAUGAAAAUUUCAAAUGGUU